UGUUUGUGGUACUUAUUCUUAUUUCAAACAUUUAGUUUGCCUUUGUUAUUUGAGACAAACAUAUUUAAAGAAAAACAAUUUGGGGUUGGUUAGGUGGUGAUGGUAAUGGUGAUGGUUUCUUCUAUCUUAUUUUGUUUUGCGUGGGCAACCGUGGGAACUUAUUGCUGACUCGUGCAUUCAGACAUGUCGACAUGAAGAUGUUCAAAGCGGUGCACUGUCAUAAAUACACCAACCUGACGUUUAGAACGAGAUCUGCAGGUGCACGAAAACAGGUUCCGCUGGAGGAGUUCGAGAUAGCCAGCCAAGCGAGCCAGUCACACGGUGGAUUUCGCGUCUUUCCAGUAGUGCUGGCUGCAUAUGGUCGCCUAUUUACCUGCGACCUGCAUACCUGUCGGCCCGGUGUCCUCGCUUUAGCUCGUUCAUCUCGCACUACAUCCGUACAUCUCGCCGUACAGCCACACCACCAGUGGCCAAGACGUUUAAGAUGAUGUAUAGGUUGCAAGAUUGGUACCACGAUGUACUGGCUCAGGCUGACCCUCGUGUGCAGGUGCUUCCUUUAUCCGGAAGUCCAGUGCCCAUGCUGUCCAUAGUGGCGCUCUAUGUUGUCUUAGUAACCCUGGGUCCAAAAUGGAUGGAACACAAAAAGCCAGUCAAAUUGACGAAUUUAUUAAUAGUCUACAAUUUUCUUAUGGUUUUCUUAUCAGGCGUUGUCUUCUUGGAUACGGUGAUGAUAAUAGUUAAAGAAAAGUAUAGCCCUUUUUGUCAGGAAGUCGACUACUCCGACAGUCGGUCUGGGUGGCACGGAAUACGCAUCGGCUGGUGUUUCUUCUUUUUAAAACUUAUAGAAUUACUAGACACGAUAUUUUUCGUUUUGCGUAAAAAGAAUUCCCAGAUUACCUUCCUCCACGUUUACCAUCAUGCCACAAUGGUUAUAGCCACCUGGCUUGGGAUGAAGUUUGUUCCAGGAGGAAACAGUUUUCUUCAUCCAAUGAUCAACUCCCUGGUACAUGUGGUUAUGUACACAUACUAUGGAAUGUCGGCUAUAGGACCUCACAUGCAGAAAUAUCUAUGGUGGAAGAGAUAUUUAACAAUGUUUCAAUUGACUCAGUUUGUCAUCAUGGUCAGCCAUUCCUUCAUCAACAUUAUAUCUGACUGCAAUUUCCCCAAGAUCUUCAACAAAGUGGUCAUCGUGUAUGCCUCGUCCAUCAUGCUGCUUUUCAUAAACUUUUACCAGAAGGCCUACAUUCAAAGGAGACCCACUAAACACACACAAAUCAAGAAACACCAUGUAACCAACGGCAACCAUUACAUUAACGGCAUAACCCCGGUUUUUGGUAAAAAAGAGGAUUAACAUAGUGUCAUAAUUAGUGUUAAAACAGUUAGAAACGUUCGGUGUUUACCCAUUUCAGUUUGUAUAGUUUGGUGUUGUGUUUGGAUGUGGAGAGGUUGGAGGCGUGUGUUUGGAUGUGGAGAGGUUGGAGGCGUGUGUUUGGGCGGUAUUUUACUACACCCUAGUGAUCAAUCUGAUUGAAAUCAGCUCGGCAGGUCUACCAGUAGUAGUAUUAUACUAGUCACAACAAGUUAUGGGUCACAUGGACACUGCGUCUGAGAGGAGUAGCCCAUUCGCUCUGCCAGUGGCAUGGAAACGCUAUUGCAGUUAAUGGGUGACGGAAUGGCUCACUUGCAGGCAUCUCGCUACUCGUCUCAUGGCUAUGUUAUCAUUCAGACAUGACAGGGCUCGACCACAGUCCAGAAUGCUCAAUUUACGUCUUGGUGGCAUGGCUAUCCAAAGCCAGAUUGUAAAAUGUAUACCCUCCCAACCCUAAUCAAACGUGAAAAGUGUUAACAUAAAAAAGGAGUUUCACAUGCACCAUGCAGUUUUUAGGAAGGUGUGUUGAAGCCCAAAAUGUCCCAAUUUGGGCCGGUGAGCGGCCCAAAAUGUCACAAUUGGUACAUCUUGGGCAGUUGGGGUUCAACACAGGUGCCCUUGUUAGUCAGAAUAAAAAGACAAACUAUCUUGGAUUUUUAAUGCAUUUCCCAUACUCAUUCUACCGGCAACCAAGCUGUGGGUAAAAGCCUCAUGUACAUACAAUCUGAAAUACUUUAUUCAAGUCUGUAACCUACUUUUCAUUAAAUAUCACUUCCCCUGAUUUUUCGUUUAAGUUUUGAAAAAGUCAGGUAAAAUGUGAUACUAGUCUAGUUACAGACCAGUGGAGCUGAUUUUAAUCACAUUGCCCUAGUGCUGUAAGUAUUUAAGGUAUAAAGUUUUUAAAACGGCUGAAUUGGGAAACAUUUUAAUUCUGCCUACCCGUAUACAAUAGAUGUUUAAUGCUAGUCUCAGUCUACCAACUGUCACGACAAAAUUAGCUCUAGCCCCCCCCCCCCCCCCCCCCC